AGACGCGUGAUUUCUCAUUGAAUCUUUUCGUAAUCGGAAGUAAUAUCCCGUUGUGGUUUAACCCCGGUGUACAUUAAUGGUAACGUCUUUCACUAAGGAUAUUUGAUGCUUUGCAGUAACAUGUACGUAUUUUCUCGAUGAAAAGUCAACAACUUUACUUUAUUCUUAGAUGAAUUCAAAUUGAAACUUCAUUUUAGCCAUGAGGUCUUUGGAUUGCUUUAAAGGGAUACUAAAAGACCGCGACCCAAGCAAUCUUUCAGUAGAAAACAUCAAUGCUGAGCUGAUGGAUCGAAAUUGGUCUGGAGUUAUUUUUCUAGCCAUUCUUUUAGUUAUUGGGGUCUUUGGAAAUGUGACUGUUUUACUAACAUACGGACUGAAGUUCAAGCGAGGAACCAAUUACCGCUUUUACGUGCUGUUUCUUGCCCUGUUGGAUACAGGGAACUGCAUCAUCGGAAUACCUUGGUGUUUAGUGUACAUGUUACGCCCCCUAACUUUUCCCUCGGAUGUAUUUUGUCGUGGUGGACUGUUUGUGAGUUUUGUGUUGUCUGUGACAGGUGCAGGAGGACUGGUGCUCAUUGCGUUUGACAGAUAUAGAAAAAUAUGUUGCCCCCUGAAGAAACAGAUUAAUAUAAAAAAUGCCAAACGCAGUGUUGUUGUGAUUAUAGUGAUAUCCAUACUUUCAACAUGGUUUACUCCAUUUUUGUACGAACUUAACAAAUUGCCUCUUUCUUCCAGCGGAGAGAAAGGGUACAAGUGUUACCUUGCUACAAAUCCUAUCGCUAACUUUCUUUCAAAGGGAUUUUAUAUUAUUCUCGCCAUGAUGUUUCUGACAAUAAGUGCAACCUUAACAAUUCUAUAUUAUUUUAUCAUGAGGAAAGUGCAGACUCAUUCUAAAAGCUUUAAUCAAAAAUCGAAAUCAAAUAACAACGACACCUUUGGUCGUCGAACCUCAAACUUGCAUACACGGAAAACAACCUUAACUUUCUUAAUGAUCACUACUGUGUAUAUUUUGACUACCCUUCCACACAUUGUUGGUGGUCUUGUGUUUCAUUUUGAUGAAUAUUUAGAGUGCAGGAUGAGUUCCACAACUCAUAAUGUUUUUUAUUUCUUCUACUGGACUGUUUACAUAAACAAUGUCGCUAACCCUUUCAUUUAUGGCCUUUCUGAUGAGAGAUUUCGGGGUAUCAUCAGAUAUGUAAUAACUUAUGCGGUUUUCGCACCUUUUAAGGCUUCAAAGAAGAGACUACCAUCUGCCUCCUUUUCAGUUUCAAUUGAUAACAACGAUCAAAAGAUUCAAAUUGAAGCCAAAGACGACAUUAAUAACAAAACUGCUGACGCAAUUAGUGUUGUUUCUGAAGAAUUUGCAAACAAAUUAAACGGAGAUGACAUUGACAGCAUACGUGAAACAAACACGGAACAGGUGACGAAACAAAUCCAUAGCAGUAAAGGAUAAUUAUAUUUUCAGCCAGUGUAAAAUAUUUCAAUGUUAAUGAUUUUUUUAAGCUGAGUGCCAAAAUUAAUAUGAAAGUGUAAGUGUACGUAUAUUAAUUCGAUGCGAGUGAAAAAUGAAAAAUAUGUAAAGUAGAUUUAGUUACGUGACUGUAUUUCCUUAUAAUUUUGCAGUUUUUCUAGGUACACGUCAGUGCUCACGGUAUCUAUCAUAUAAAUACAUGUACAUAAGAAUAUACUUUUGAAUAGGUUACUGUGGAAUCAUUUUAAUUCGUGGGGGUCAAUGUUCGUGGGCAAGCAAAAUUUUACUUGUUCGUGGGGACGUAAUUUCGUGGGUAAGUGUGACCCACGAAAUCCACGAACAUUGGUCCCCCACGAACAAUGAUGAUUCCACAGUAUGUUGGGAUUUUUCAUAUGGACUCAUUCUAGAUAUAAUGUAUGAGGAAACAAAAAAUUCCAUGCAGGGUUUCUAAUUGGGAGGGGUCCUCUCCACAAGCACCUUUGAGUGUUUUGUAUCAGUAUUGGUGUGUUGGAAAAAAAAAGGAUCAGUUGCUUUCGAGUUUUUAUUUUAAUGUAUAUACGUAUAAAUGCCAAAAUUAAAUUUCGAAAUCUGAAUUAUUUUCAUAUACACGGAGUGUUUAAUUUUAUUUAAUUAAAUCAUUCAUCUAUACGUAUGAAC